AUGCAGUUCUCUACUAUUUUUCUGUCACUGGCAUUGGCCACGUCUGCUCUCGCCAAAGGUGGCAAAGGAAACUCGACCACCAAGGCUGUUACGGAUAAAUCUCUCUGCAAAGAGAUGAAGUCACUUAACAAAUUGGUGGAGCUCGCGUCCAACGAAACCAGACUUGCAGACAAAACAAACAACAAUGCAACAAAAAUUGCAAGCAUCCAAGCCAAGGCAUCUGAAGCGUCUGUUACGUUGGCUACAAUGGAAGCCAAUACUACACUUACCAUGACUUGCUCGGUCAUGGCAGCUGCCGAACAGACCAAGGACGAUUGUGAAGAUAUCACCGACAUGACCAAGCUCAUAGCAUUAGCAGCUAAUGAGACAGCUCUAGCCGCUAAGAGUAAUGGAAAUACUACCAAGGAGGAUAACAUCAAAGCCAAGGCGGUGAAAGCGCAAACUAAACUCGAUGCGUUGACAAGCAAUACCACUCUCAUGUCUGCUUGCACAGAAAUCGCCGCUACCAAAGCUGCAAAGAAGGCGGCGAAGAACAAUGGAACUUCCACUGAAAACUCUCAAGCUGCUACUGACUCUACCGCAACUGGAGCGUCAGCGUCGGCAUCUUCCUCAUCGAAAUCUUCUGCAACAAGAACAGUCUUUACUUUGAGGGAAAAUUUUGGGUUUGUCUCGACUAUUGCACUCGUUAUUGCUGGUAUGCUAGUGUUGUAG